ACAAGUGUGCGGACCGCCUAUGCACUAGGAAUUGUGACCCUUUUUCCAUAUCUGCAAGAUCCAUAUUCAAAAAAUGGAUAUGAACAUUACUAUGAUCCAGACGCCAAUACUGGCUACCUUGCUUGGAGACUCAAGACAGUCCAACGCAACAGCUUUGAUGGCUCCCACAGGUGUUCCAGGCCUGAUUUGCAGGACAGCCCAACAACCUAUCGAGAAUCCCUGUUAACCAGUCAGCAGCUCUUCGGUGAGGAGUGUCGGGAGGCGCUUUCUGUCAUCAGAUACUCUACAGAUCAUUCCGUGAUAAAAGAGAGAAUGAGAGCCACCUUUGAGUAUAGACAGAAGCUAGUUCAUGACCAGGAUGCAACAUCUACAGUCUUGGAUGUCUUCCCUCGUUUCCUUGAUGUUCCUGGAUUGAUUGACCAAGAUUUUUCCAUGAUGUUUGGGGAUGAAGUAUCUGGGAAAUUUCUGGCAAAGUGGCCCUCAUUUUUCAUGCAGAAAGUCAUCACAGAAUGCCAGAGUCUUCCCUCAAAUAUGCAUGUUGAGGAUCUUCUUGCAGCUUUUGACUCUGAUGCCGAGAAUGACUUUGGCUGGGAUAGCCAUAUGUCAGCUCUCCUCCUGCUGUUGCAUCUCCUGCCCCCUACAAGAGGCCAUAAGAAAACAGCUAAGAUCAGCUCAGCACAGGCAGCCAACCAUCUUGUAAGAUUUCUUAAAGAGGGUGCAAGCCUCACCACAUUCCUGGAGAAAGUUGAUGCAAGACAGCCCUUCCUCCUCUGCAUCGGUGAGAAAAAGAAGAGAAUCCAGAGGUUCUUCAUUGUCGUGGACCAGAAACCCAUCCCAAGCAAUGCUCAGAUAACGGUAGCUGCUUUCGAUGAGCUGUUUAAAGCUCACUACGUCUUCAGCCUCUCUUACGAUGAAGUGCUUACCAGCUUCUACACCUUCAUCCAGACAGCGGUGUACAAUAUUGAUAUCGGAAAAGCAAAGGAAAGCCCGCGAGUCAAGGAACUGAGAGCUCGACUACUCAUACCUGCAAACUAG